AUGGAGAGUAUUCCGGGAGCGGAGAGCUUCGCCCACGGGCCACCUCCGGAUGCGAACCACACUUCUGUCCAACCGGAGUCUGCUUCCGAGUCUGGUUCAACCGUCCAGAGAAAACGACUCUCGUUACCUCCUCGUGCAAGCCCAACUGCCCGUCAUGCGAAACGCCUUACCCUGAACUUCCCCAUCAACCUCAACUUGAACGAGACAGAUCCAGUGACAUCGCCUGCCGCGGCGACCCCAGUUACACAAUCCUCGACCGGUCCUUCCCCCGCCCAGCCUCCCGGCACACCUAUGUCAUUCGAUGCCCCAGACGAUGGUUACGACUUCCUGCGGGCUAUUGCCUCGCAGGAGCGCAAAGUCAUGGAGCUUCGCGAAGAGCUAAAUCGCGCCGAAGCAGAACUGGUUACAAUCAAGAAGCAAUGGGCUUAUUCCGAGAAGUCCAGAAAGCGCGCCGAGAUCAAUCAUGCAGAGCCACUGAUGCCUCUGCGGUCCCCCGAUCCCACGACAACAGAGACCUCUACCGCUCACCGUCGGGAGCAAAGUAUGAGUUCGGUCGGGAGCUCGAACAUAUCGCAAGAGCGCGUCAGUCGCGAGCUCGGACGACGAACAAGUGUUCGUGCUCCCCCAGCUCCAGGCACCAAGAUUGGUACCAACGGUCGUCGAGUCUUCCAAGGUGGACAUACCCGGACUUUAUCACUUCUGUCCCCAGUCACAGCGUCAAGUGCUUUUGUUGGGGAGCCAGGUCCCUCGGAGUCGGAACGCGUGGGUCGAACUCCGCGGUCUGCAACACUGCCAUCUGUCGAACGUGACCACGCUGCGAUUGCACGACUGGACGAGAGUCAGGUACCAGAACAUCUACUUGCGCAGUGGCGCAAGACUCUUCCACCUCCCUCGCGGGAGGCCCUGAUGCGGACGGGUAAACAAAUGGCAUCUGAUCUACGAGAGGGACUUUGGACAUUCUUAGAAGACAUACGGCAAGCCACGGUGGGAGAAGAAGGAAUCAACGGAACCCAAACACGAACCCUGUCACCAUCCAGCUCAUUGGCACCACCCAACGGGGCAAACGGUCGUAAGCGGGAUUCCCUAGCGAAGUCCCGGAGCCGAGAACGGUUAUUAGCGGAUGGCAAGCUAUCAAGAUCCUCAUCGUCAUCAUCUUCGCGGGGAAGAGGGCCAGCGGCCGAGACAAAAACUGGUAAAGACACCAAGCCGGCGGAGAUUUCCACAUCUUUCUGGAACGAAUUCGGCAUUGAUACACCAGCUCAGAAUCAAGCCGAAGCGGAGAAUGACGACCUCGACGACUGGGGUAGCUGGGAGACGCCCCUUUCCGCCAAAAAAUCGCACACCCCCUCGUCGAGCCGAUCGACGGUCGAAUCAAAACAUGAUCAUUCGCCCACCACGCAGGGUAGCAGCCCUCGAACCAGCGCUAGUUUUGGCGACUGGAACCCGGAUUCCACUUCCCUUGACCCGACUGUCUCCGAAGGCAUUCCCUGGCCUGCUAUUACCAAGUUGGCUCCUUCAAAGCUUCAACGUACUGCCUCUAACUUGAUGGCUGAGUGGGAGCGCUCUUUGUCUCCUUCUCCUGAGCGAGCUUCUUCUCUUACUCGCAAGGACAGCAAGAAAGAUUAA